AUGUUACUACGUAGCGUGCUAGGACGCCUUACCCUUCAUCGAAGCAUUACUCCAACGGCCUUGCGCACCUUCGCCUCGAAACACCGCGAAGUCCCAGCACUCACGUGCGAUCGUUACCCCGUCCAGCGUGGAUCCUUCGCCGAGCUAACCGACGAUGAUGUGACCGUGUUUCGUGGCAUUCUUGGUGGUGCCGACACGAACCGUGUGAUUACGGCGGAAGAUGAAGUCCAAAGCUACAACAUCGACUACUUGCGUAGUGUGCGAGGUUUUGGCAGGGUUGUGGUAAAGCCACGGACCACAGCGGAGGUGGCAGAGCUGAUGCGCUACUGUAACGAGCGCCGUUUAGCCGUCUGUCCACAGGGUGGAAAUACGGGACUGGUGGGUGGUUCGGUGCCCGUUUUCGAUGAAGUUGUCCUGUCGCUACAGCUAAUGGAUACGAUCGAACGGAUCGACGAGUAUGCGGGAAUUGUGGUGUGCCAGGCGGGUUGUGUGUUGGCAACGUUGGAGGAACAGGUCGGAGCCCGGGGGUUAGUUAUGCCGCUCGAUCUUGGUGCUAAGGGAUCGUGUCAUAUUGGCGGGAAUGUGUCAACGAAUGCGGGCGGUUUGCGGUUGGUGCGGUACGGGAAUUUGCACGGUUCCGUACUUGGCGUUGAAGCGGUAACGGCCGAGGGGCGCGUGCUAGAUCUGAUGUCCAACUUUAAGAAGGAUAACACCGGCUACCACCUGAAGCAUCUGUUCAUCGGUUCCGAGGGAACGCUCGGCAUCAUCACCCGGCUGUCCAUGUUCUGUCCUACCGCUUCCCGUUCGGUUAACGUUGCCUUUCUCGGGCUGCACAGCUACGAUGAUGUUAAACGAACGUUCCUGGCCGCCAAGCGUGGACUGGGAGAGGUGUUGUCCUCGUGCGAAAUGAUCGAUGCUCCGUCGCUGGAUAGUUGUACACGGUUCUUUGGUUUGCAGUCACCGAUAGAAAAAUAUCCCUUCUACAUGCUGAUCGAAACGUCCGGAAGUGAUGCUGGACACGAUGAGGAGAAGCUUACGCGCUUCCUGGAGCAAACGAUGGAGGAAGGCCUGGUGCAAGACGGCACGGUUACGAAUGAACCCACCAAAAUGAAGAACAUUUGGAAGCUACGUGAACUGAUCGCGGACAGUCUGCUGAGCGAUGGGUACUGUUUCAAGUACGACAUUUCGCUACCUCUCGACCAGUUCUACGAUAUUGUGCUAGCUGUGCGGGAGCGUGUCGGUGAUCUGGCCAUUAACGUAACCGGUUACGGCCACGUUGGCGAUUCGAAUCUGCAUCUGAACGUAUCCUGUGCCCGUUUUACACCGGAAAUCUAUGCUCUGCUAGAACCGUUCGUGUACGAGUACACUUCGAAGCUAAGAGGAAGCGUUAGUGCCGAGCAUGGGAUUGGAUUUCUCAAACGCAAGUACCUACACUACUCGAAACAAUCGGAACCGCUACGAUUGAUGCGUCAGAUGAAGCAACUGCUAGAUCCGAACGGUAUACUGAACCCGUACAAAGUCUUACCACCGGAAACGCCAGCUCAGUCGCAGUAA